UUUUAGUCCCCGGUAUAUCUAUGGCUUAAAACGGUGCCAGAAAUCGAAAAGUCGACGUUACUGAUGCCAGAACGUCCAAGAAUAAUCGGAUAGAUCCUGUUGAAAUCAAAAGAACGGUGUUGAAACAAGGAACUGCUGUGACUAUUUGAAAAACACUAAAAAGUGCUAAAAUGAUUUUCCGAAUUGUUAUUCUGGCCAUGCUGUCGGUUACGGCUCGAUCCGAAUUCGAAGGGUAUCAGUAUACUACGCCAGGAUGCCCCUUCGAUGUUCCAAACACCCAGUACAUCACAUCAACCGCAACCGUCUACCAAACAAAAACUGAAACCAUUACCAAACAGUCGCCACCUAAAACGGAAACAGUCUCUCGAGUAUCCUCUGUUAUCAUAACUUCAACUCUCACCGAUACCGUUCCAGUUUACAACACGGUUACCCGCACCAACACUGUAACAAAAACUCAACCUCCGCCUCCACCAAUAACGAUCACAACAUCCAUCACACAACCUCCCGUUGUCCAGACGGUAGUAUCUACUGUGGUGAAACCAACUCCAGUGUAUCAAACCAUCACCAAUGUUCAGACUAUUACCCAACCACCAGUAACGCUUCCGCCACGAACUGUCGUUAAUACAGUAACGCUACCCGCAGUAACCAAAACGCAGGUCUCAACAUACACAACGACCAGUCCGGUUGUAUCUGUGGUGUAUAACGUCGAAACAGUACCUGGACCUACCGUGACUCUUCCCCCCAAAACAGUAUUCUCGACCAAAACACUUCCGCCAGAAGUACGAACUAGCACUGCCUACGUUACAACCACAACACCAGUUAUUCAAUACAGCUCCAUCACACUUCCACCUCAAACAUUGACUCUUCCCGCUAAGACAGUAAUAAAAUCGACUACCCUACCUGCCCAGACGGUAACAAUCACCUCCAUGAUAGCUACUCCUACUCCGGUUUACAAAACAACCACACAAACUCAAACCGUUACACCACCCCCGCUACCACCUUCCACAAAAACCAUUACUUCGACAAUCAAACCACCGGCCGUCACCAGUACUGUUGAAAAAAUCAGCACCAUAACGAAUCGUGUAACGCAAACCAUCACCAGCUCGGUCGUCAGUACUGUAGCGACACCAGUGUUGAAAGAGGUAACGAAAACAGUAACGCUGCCGGCUGUCACUUCCACCAUCUGUACACCGACGAACGCUUAUCUACCGGUGCGCCCGGCUGCUACCUAUGUCCCUCAGUUCAAAAGUGCGGACAACUACUAUCAGCCACGAUACAACGACAUCUUCUGAAGGGAUUAGGGGUUCUCAUUGAACCAAACGUGAUACUUAAAAAUACUCAAUGGGUCGAACGCAUGUGUACAUUCUUAUGAAAGAAUUCAAACAAAACAAAGAUAAGUAAAUUGAUGAUUACUGGCAAA